GAAAUCAGCUAUACUUUUCGUUAUGAGGUAUUCAAGCCGUUAAUAGACAAAAUUAUUAAUGGCUGGAGUAUUAACCAGAAGAAGCGCCUCUGCUAUUACUGGGGCGAUCCAGUCGGGUAUCCAGGGGAGCGCCCAGUUAGGUACUCUUGGUACCGUCCAAUCAGGAGAAGGAAAUGGGACUCAGAUACUACCAGAACCAGCUGGUAAGAUGACGAUAACGGAGAAGCUGGCGGCGGCUUGUUAUUAUAUUACUGAAUUAGAAGCGGAGAUAUAAUAAAGGGGGGAUCUGGAAAAGCUAGAAGCUCAAAUUUAUUAUCUUGAGAAUAUUCGAAUACUCAUUAUAGAACCUAUUAUAUUACCGGCGGUAUAUUUGAUUUAUAGAACUCCGAAAAUCCGAG